AUGAGUAGUAAUAAGUUGGAUUUUGAGGAGACAGAAUUAAGGCUAGGGUUGCCUGGUGGAGCAAGAAAAAAUGUUUAUGGUGAUAAUGAUACUUGUAAUGUUAAUGGUAAAAGAGGCUUUGUAGAUUUGAAGCUUAAUCUUUCUUCUGAUAUUAACAACAUCAAGAAUUCAACACACAAAACCCCAGCUGCCAAGGCACAAGUUGUGGGUUGGCCGCCCGUAAGGUCCUUUCGAAAGAAUAUUUUGACUUCUCAAAAGCUUGAUCGAGAGAAUGAUAAUAUUUUGGUGAAGGUGAGCAUGGAUGGUGCACCUUACCUUAGGAAAGUGGACUUAAACAUGUACAAGAGUUAUCAAGAAUUAUUUGAUGCCUUAACCAAGAUGUUCAAUUCCUUCACUAUUGUCCAAGGAAUGAAAGAUUUCAUGCAUGAGGGGAAACUGAUGGACCUUUUGAAUAGUUCUGAUUAUGUUCCUACCUAUGAAGACAAAGAUGGUGAUUGGAUGCUUGUUGGAGAUGUCCCAUGGGGGAUGUUUGUUGAUUCUUGCAAACGCUUGCGCAUCAUGAAAGGAACUGAAGCAAUAGGACUAGCACCAAGGGCUAUGGAGAAGUGCAAGAACAGAAAUGGAUGA